AUGGAUAAUAGAAUGGAUAAAAUAGAAGAUUUAUUGAGAUGUCCAAUAUGCUAUGACUUGUAUACCACUUGCAUGAUGAUUCCAUUGUGUUCUCAUAAUUUCUGUUCGCUAUGUAUAAGACAACACUUUCAACAACAAAAGUUGCAUUGCCCGGUAUGCAGAAAAGCAGCAACAUCAAUCGACAUUAAGAAUAAUAGGUUGUUGGAUGACUUGGUACACGAGUAUAAGAAAGUACAAUCGGUACAACCAACUCAACCUCUACUACUUUUAACAAAUACAAAUAAUAAUCAACAACAACAACAACAAAAUGCUGACAAUGACGACGAUGAUUUAUUUGGAAGUAAUAAUAAUAAUAAUAAUACUACUUCCACUUCCACUUCCACAUCGACAACUAAUACUUUAACACCAACACCAUUUACAAAGAGAAAGAAAAGAUUGUCAGCAUCUCCAGAUACUACUCAAAAUCAAUCUCAACCAAUUGCAUCUACAAGAAGAAUGACAACACGGUCAAUGUCUGCAUCUGCAUCAUUGUCUACAACAACAGCUCCCACUACUCUAUCAGAUGAUGAUGAUGAUGAUGAUAUAUUUGAUUCAAAAAAGAAAAAGAGUCCAAAGAAGAAAAGAAAAUCAAUUAGUGAGAGUGACGAUGAAUUAACUUUGGGUGACUUGGGCAACAACAACAAUAAUAAUAAUAACUCUGACCAAGUUGUUACAUUGUCAUUACCGACACCUGACAAGAUUUCAUGUCCAUUUUGUAAAGCAAUGAUUGUAUCAAGAUUCCUUGAAAAACAUAUGGAUUCUUGUAUUGAUAGUCCAACUCCAAAUAAUAAUAAUAAUAAUAUUAAUAAUAAUAAUAAUAAUCAACAAUUAGUUUGUGUAAAACUAACACCAUUACCAAAACUAUGUUAUCAUUUAAUGAAAACCAAACAAGUAAAGGAAUUGUUGAAAAAGGUGAAUAUGAAAAUGACAGGUGACAGACAGACACUUGUCAAUCGUCAUCGUGAAUACACGACAAGACGCAAUGCAGAAUGUGACAGUCUUUGUCCAAAAACACACGAAGAAAUUGUAGAAUUGAUCUAUCAAAACGAACAAUUAACAGCAAAACCAAAGCCUGCUGGAGGAAGAAGAUCUAAAUCUCUACCUGCUGUACUUGCUCUACCUGCUCCUCCUCUUCCCAUUUCCCCUUCAUUACCCUCUCCUCCUAUUUCAUCAUCUUCUUCUUCUCAAGGUUUAUCUUUAUCUCAAAAUUCAAUAUCAUCUCCUCCAAUCUUUUCAACUCAAAAUAAUAAUAAUAAUAGUAGUAAUGAUUUAUUUGAAAUAUUGAAAUUACAAAUCUUGAAUCGGUAUCGUUUGUCCUUUCUCCUAUUUGAAACGAGCUUUUGCGAUCAUCAACCAACUCUGUCUUUCUGUUUCAUGGGGGGGGGGCUUCAACCAGCGAGUUGCCUCUUCAAAACAUUGUCAUCAUCAUCAACCCAGCAUUGCAUAUUUAACAUGUCAGCGAUGAGGGAGAGGAGAGACCUUUAUCUUUGUCUAUCUACCAAAAGAAACAACAAAUAUAGAUAA